UCGAAGAGCAAUUUGGCCGGACUUCAAGAAAACUGGGUGCGGACUCCGAGGCCCGACAUUGCAACUUGCACUGGCAGCUGACAGUGAGACAGUCAAAGGGACAUUUGAGAGCUAGAUUGCAAAUUGUGAUUGAACAGUUGCCCUUGCGGCUUCACAUGGGUAGUCUUUAUAAUCUGUGACAAUUUGCCUCCACAACUUGAUCAGGGCUGUGCUCCAUUCUCCAGUCUUCGCUGCGUCCCCGACCCGGUGGCGCAAUGCAUACUUUCUUGUACCGGACCAACUCGCUGCUUACGUUUGUUGCAUCGGUGCUUGUCGUGCUCUGCAUCCUCGCCUCCAUCACGGACUACUUCCAUCGCGACAGUGCGGUGGUGGCGGUGGAUAUUGUCCAGGUCGACAGGUUCCAGGUGUCGCAGGCGGGCAAUGACGAGGCCUUUCUCGCCUUCAACAUCUCUGCAGAUCUUCGGAGCGUCUUCACAUGGAACACAAAGCAGCUGUUUGUCUUUCUCGCUGUCGAGUAUGCAACCCCGGAGAACGCCGUGAACCAGGUAUCAGUGUGGGACCGGAUCAUCGAGCGACGCGAGGAUGCGCUCAUUGCACUGCCUCGGGUGCAGAACAAGUAUCGCCUGGUGGAUCAGGGGCGGAAUAUGAGGGGUCGAGAUUUGAACUUGACCAUGUACUGGAACGCAAUGCCGAAAAGUGGUAGGAUUUAUACUGGACAGAAGACUUUGACAGGUUACCGACUACCUGACACGUAUUCAUAAAUCUCCAUUGACGAGUCUUUCGAAAGUGCAUGAGCAAAAGUGAAUUUGAUUCAGGCCGUCGUUCCUGUAAGUGGCUAUAAGAGGCAGUCGUUCCAACGGGCAUGCACGUCAGCAUUCAGAGAGCUAGUAUGCGAUCUUGUCCCUGGUAAGCUCGACUCUGCUUGUGGAGGUGAUGUUCGAGCCUAAGUGAAGAUUGAUCGCCGUAGUGCGCC